UUUUUUCUUUGCCUUUCUGCUAUUAAAAAAAAAAAAAAAAUCGCUGUCAUCGAGCGGCACUUCUUGGUUUGUGCUGUCGCGGCAGCCCGAAGAACUUUAGACUUCAGUGUGUUUUUGUUCGCCUCGCUCUCGCCGAGAAGUUGGAGACGGCGCUGCUGACCGCUGACUUGAUGCGCUCGCGAGCCGCAGGUGACCGUGAGCAGUGGUGCUGAGUAUGAUGGACCAUCUCAGUGAAGCGUGCCUGGGGAAGGAAAAUUGUGACCUGUCCAGCAGCAUAGGGGACCCCAAAGGGCCCCCCGCUAAGAUCGCACGGCUGGAGCAGAAUGGGAGCCCCCUGGGAAGGGCCCGUCUCGGGAGCACAGGGGCCAAGAUGUCAGGAGUUCCCCUCAAACCCUCAGGACACAUCCUGAAGACCUGCCACAAGAAAGGCAACAUGCUUCCCGUAUUCUGCGUGGUGGAGCACUACGAGAGCCCCAUCGAGUUCGACAGCAAGGAGGAGCAUGCCGAGUUCGUGCUCGUCCGCAAGGAUAUGCUCUUCAACCAGCUCAUCGAGAUGGCCCUGCUCUCGCUGGGCUACUCCCACAGCUCGGCCGCACAGGCCAAAGGUCUGAUCCAGGUGGGCAAGUGGAACCCCGUGCCCCUCUCGUACGUGACGGACGCUCCGGACGCCACGGUGGCAGACAUGCUACAGGACGUCUAUCACGUGGUCACGCUAAAAAUCCAGCUGCACAGUUGUCCUAAACUGGAAGACUUGCCUCCAGAGCAGUGGACCCACUCUACAGUAAGAAAUGCCCUCAAGGAGUUACUGAAAGACAUGAACCAGAGCUCUCUGGCAAAAGAAUGUCCCUUAUCACAGAGUAUGAUUUCCUCCAUUGUGAACAGCACUUACUAUGCAAAUGUCUCUGCGGCGAAGUGUCAGGAAUUUGGUCGCUGGUAUAAACAUUUCAAGAAGACAAAAGAUAUGAUGGUCAUGCGCCAGCCCUCCCAGCUGGAGGGGUACCUGGGGGCGUGUGUCCUCCACGAAAGCCCACGCAGCACCGCAGUAGCUGAGAUGGACAGUUUGUCAGACCUGUCUCCGCCUGGAACAAACCACAUGGGCUUCAGUCAGCACCCAACCCCAGGCAGCACAGCGGAACAGCCCGCCUCACCUGUUCCCAUCCCCCACGGUGGCCAGGCCUCCGCUCGGGCCCAGCUGCCCGGCCUGCACCCCGGUCUGGUGUCCACGCCCAUUAGCCCUCAACUAGUCAACCAGCAGCUCGUCAUGGCUCAGAUCCUCAACCAGCAGUAUGCCGUCAACCGACUCUUGGCCCAGCAGUCGCUGAGCCAGCAGUACCUGAACCACCCGCCCGUUAACCGGGCUCUCAACAAGCCACUGGAGCCUCAGGUGUCCUCCAACACGGAGGUUUCUUCCGAGAUCUACCAGUGGGUCCGCGAUGAGCUGAAGAGGGCGGGCAUCUCGCAGGCAGUGUUUGCACGAGUGGCCUUCAACAGGACGCAGGGCCUGCUUUCGGAGAUCCUGCGCAAGGAGGAAGACCCCAAGACGGCAUCCCAGUCUCUGCUCGUGAACCUGCGUGCCAUGCAGAACUUCCUGCAGCUGCCGGAGGCCGAGCGAGACCGAAUAUACCAGGAGGAGCGGGAGAGAAGUCUGAGCGCUGCUUCGGCGAUGGGUCCGGCACCGCUGCUUAGUACCCCGCCUAGCCGCCCAUCGCAGCCCCGGAGAGAGGAGUGCAGCAAUGCCAGGGCUGAGGACUGGAAUCCCAGAAUUCCUGUGGGCAUCUCUCCCGUGAAGCCGUCCCCCCUCCCCACCGAAUGGAACGGCAAGUCCGACAACUGCAUCCUGAACAUAAACGCCUCUAUCUAUGAUGAGAUCCAGCAGGAGAUGAAGCGGGCCAAGGUUUCCCAGGCUCUGUUUGCCAAGGUCGCUGCUUCCAAGAGCCAGGGUUGGCUGUGCGAGCUGCUACGCUGGAAGGAGGACCCCUCCCCGGAGAACCGGACCCUGUGGGAGAACCUCUCCAUGAUCCGGCGCUUCUUGAGCCUGGCACAGGCGGAGCGUGACGCCAUCUACGAGCAGGAGAGCAGCGGAGGCCAGCAGCACCACGCUGAGAGACCCCCUCACCUCCUGCAUAUCCCCACAGACCCCCUGCAGUCUCAGUCCCACUCACAACCUCAACACCCGACGCUCUUGUCGCAGCAAAACCCGUCCCAGCCUCCGCAUUCCCAGCAGCCCUUGCAGCAGCAGCAGCAGCAGCAGAUGGGCCCGCGUCUGCCUCCGCGGCAGCCGUCCACAGCCUCGCCGGCUGAAUCCGAGGACGAUGCCCGGAGCAAACCUCCGCCGGCGAGCAAGAUCUCGCUGGAGGCCCUGGGUAUCCUCCAGAGCUUCAUCCAGGACGUGGGCCUCUAUCCGGACGACGAGGCCAUUCACACGCUCUCGGCUCAGCUGGACCUGCCCAAACACACCAUCAUCAAGUUCUUCCAGAACCAACGCUUCUAUGUCAACCACCACGGCAAGCAGAAGGACCACGCAGGCUUCCAGGAAGACAUGGCCGACUUCAAGGAGGGCGAGCUGCUCAAGGACAUGAACGAGAGCACUCAGACCAACAGCACCAUCUUCUCCAUUAAGAUUGAGGAGCACCUGUCCGGUGACAUCCAUUCAGAGUCAGACCACGAUGCGAAAGAGUAGCAUUUCCUCAUUCCUUCUCAACUUUCUGCAGUGUGACUGUAAUGCUAUUUAAAUAGACUGUGAAAAGCAAUGGUAUUGCAGUUUUCUUUUAAUUUUGUAAACCAUGUAUUAUUCACUGUAAGUAAAAAAAAGAAAAAAGAAGAAAACCCGAUGCAUCAUUUAAUAACUUGCACAAAAAUUCUAAAUAUGUUACCGUGGAUAUUUGCAGAUUGCACUUGAUGUGCAUUGUUUUUACACUGGAUUUGAGCUACUGAUGAAGUCAGUGGAGUUUAGACUUUGAUAGAUGUUUACGUUAUGUGGUGUUCACUGGAUUUUACAUGCAUAUACAGCAACGCAGAGACAGUGAAGUCUAUGACAAGGCCUUAACGUGGAGGUACUGAGUCGCACGCCUGCCGGCAGCAAUGUUCCCUCAAACGAAACCGAAACUUGAUUUCAGAUCACUCAGACUUCGGAACCAGGCAGAACCACGUCUUGGAAGUAUGGCUCAAUCUUUAAAACAUUGUUAGGACACAGUGUGUAUAUGUGCACACACACCCACACACCCACACACCCACCCGCACACAAAUAUAUAUAAUGUACUUUACACAUAGACAUAUUAACUGUAAAAAGAUAGUUUUAAAAAAACUAUGCCAACAAAUGCCUUGUAUUAUAUGGCACUGCCGAUGUUCAAUUAUUUUGCAAAAGGUUUGUCACUGUAACUUACUGAAUAUCCACACGAUUUAAAAUGUGAAACAACCUUUGUUUCCCCGUCUAAUUUAUUUGCUGAUUCUUAUGUGUUCUGAUGUAAUUACUUUUUUGGAAGGUUCUGUUGCGUAUGGCUUUUUUUUUUUUUCUUUUCUCAUUUUACUGAUCUUCUAUUUAUAAUUGUAAUUUUCAUGGGCAGUAAAUCAGAAGUGUCUUACACGUUUUAAAUGGAAAAUGUGCUUUAAAGGUUGCCUAUAAAAAGUGCUAUAUGUCAAGCAAAUCAUGCUACAAGCUUCACAAUUGUUGUAUGCAAUUUUUACUAUCAUGCAAAUAAGCUUAGGUAAAUAC